AUGGCCCCUACAGUCAUGGACUACUUCUACCAUUUCUUAAUCCUGAUCAUAUCUACUCUUCUGCUAAAUUUCUUGGUUAAGUCUUUCAGGAACUUCAAGUCCAAAGCCAAGUAUCCACCCAGCCCUCCAGCUCUACCCAUCAUCGGUCACAUUCAUCUGUUAAAAUCCGGAUUACCUACAUCCUUUGAAGCUCUUGCCAACCGCUAUGGUCCCUUAAUGCAGAUACGCGUUGGAGCUACUAAUUUUGUUGUUGCCUCCGAUGCAAAAUCAGCUCAAGAAAUAUUGCGAACGUUUGACACUGAUUUUGCCUCCAAGUUUGAAUCUGGUCCGACAACUUACCACAUAUAUAAAGACAGUUCAUUUACUAAUGCUCCUUAUGGAGCGUAUUGGAAGUUCGUGAAGAAAUUAUGCAUGACUAAGCUGUUUACAGGUUCACAGCUUGAUCGGUUUAUCCAUAUUCGGGAGCAAGAGACAAGCAAGCUCUUAAAAUCGCUGCUGAAGAGGUCUAAAGAAGGAGAGCCAUGUGACUUGGCUGUAGAGCUAACAGCUUUGACAAAUAACAUGAUUUACAGAAUGGCAAUGGGAAGGAGAUGCUCGAAGAAUCCUAAUCAAGCAGCGGAGAUCAGAAAAUUCAUUACAGAGAGCAUGAAAUAUGCGGCAAAGUUUCAUUUUGGUGAAGUGUUUGGUCCUUUGAAGAAAUUUGACCUCUUUGGAAAUGGGAAGAGGCUGAAAAUGAGUCUAAAGGGAUAUGAUCAGCUGAUGGAGCAGAUUAUGCAGGAUUAUCAUGAUAACGAGUUGAAGAAUUGCGAAAAUGAUCAAGAGAAAGAUGUGAUGGAUAUUUUGUUGGAGACUUACAAAGACACAAGUGCUGAAGUGAAGUUGACUAGGGAUCAGAUCAAGAACUUUUUCCUGGAACUAUUUAUGGCUGGUGUGGAUACAACAGCAGCAGCAAUACGAUGGGCAAUGGCAGAGCUUAUCAAUCAUCCCCACAUAUUCAAAAAGCUUAGAGAGGAGAUUGACUCGGUUGCGGGGAACAAUAGACUAAUCAAAGAAUAUGAUGCCCCAAAACUCCCUUACUUACAAGCUGUAGUCAAGGAAAUCCUAAGGCUACAUCCUCCAGGGCCCUUACUCCGCCGACUUUCCAUCAAAGACAGCAAGAUCGCUGGCUUUGAUCUCCAGGAAGGGACUAGGGUUUUCAUCAACGUCUACAAGAUAAUGAGGGAUCCAAAUGUAUACAAGGAACCGGAAAAAUUCCUGCCUGAGAGGUUCUUAGACAACUCUACUGAAAUCAAGGGUCAGGAUUUUCAUUACCUUCCAUUUGGUAGUGGAAGGAGAACCUGCCCUGGUGCAUCACACGCUAUGUUCGUGAUGCAUGCAACCAUUGGAGCCCUGAUACAAUGCUUUGAUUGGAAAGUCAAGGAUGGGGAGAAAACCGAUGCUGAACGUGGGGCUGGUUAUUCAGGGGCAUUUGCACUCCCCCUUGUGUGCUAUCCCAUUACCCGCUUUGAUCCAUUUGAGGCAUAG